AUGAUAUUGUUUGAAAUUACUCGUGUUAUGCAUAACAAGGACACUUUGUCAAUUUUUUGCUUGCUGCUUCCACAAGUCCUAUUUUUGUCGUGCAUUUUCCUAUAUUUGGUGAUACUAAUAUUCUUCAAAUGGAUCGCGUAUACUGCAGAAACAGCAUCUUCAGCACCAAGUCUUCUUAUCGGAUUAAUCAACAUGAUCCGUUUCAGUUAUCCUGAAGAUAUCCCAUCUUUGUAUGCAGGGCAGCAAGCCGUUCAAAGUCUUCUGAUGAUUAUCGCAGUUAUAUGUGUUCCUUGGAUGUUGCUGUCGAAACCACUGAUUUUAUACAUGCGUCAUCGCGCAAUAAUGAAGAAUAGACAUUAUGUGGAACCCGAUUCAAGUGUACGUGUAAUAGUUGGUGGUGUAGCAAAUCCAAGUUUGGAUGAAACUUUUGGCGGUGAUAAUGGAAUUAUGUACAGUGAUAUGUCUCCAUUACAUAGGUCUUCUCAAAACCAGUCUAAGAUUUCAUUGGUUAGUGAGACAGCAGAUUCUCCAGGUACUCAUAAUGCUGAUAAGGCUCGUGGCCCUGUCGAUCAUCCAGAGGUAUCAACUAAAUCCUCGGAGAAAAUUACGUUAGAUGGAGAUGUUAAUGGUGUAGGUUCUGUGGACAUACCUGUAGAGGCUUUUGAUUUUGGAGAUAUUAUGGUUCAUCAGAGCAUUCAUACGAUUGAAUAUUGCUUGGGUUGCAUUUCUAACACGGCAUCCUAUCUUCGUUUAUGGGCGUUAAGCUUAGCACAUGCACAACUGUCGGAGGUACUUUGGAGUAUGGUGAUGAAGUUGGGAUUAAGUAUGCCCGGUCUGUAUGGGGGAGUUGUAUUAGCUUUUAUUUUUGCUUUCUGGGCAUUGCUGACUGUUAGCAUUCUGUUGUGUAUGGAAGGACUAUCUGCGUUUCUUCACACAUUGCGUCUUCAUUGGGUGGAGUUUCAAAAUAAAUUCUACAGUGGUGAUGGUUAUCCUUUCGUUCCCUUUUCCUUCGAAAAUUCCAUCACUUCAGCAGAUAACUGA